AUGGACUCGAAAAAGGAUGUAGAAGACUUCAAAAAGGCUGCCCCCAAGCUACCGCUUUCCAAAGUCAAGCGAAUCGCGAAAACUGACCCAUUACAUAUCAUUACUUCGCAAUCUGCAGUUGCGGCCGUGGCCUUCGCAACAGAACUAUUCGUGCAAGUGCUGACCGAGGAGGCGCUUGCUAUAUCUCAAUUGGAAAAGCCCAGCGGCUCGAGACUUACGCUGCGGUACGACCAUCUUGCAGCUGUGGUGGCAAGUUCAGACCGGUUUGCAUUUCUGUCGGAUGUUAUUCCUGAGACCCAAAACCUGGUGGCUCUGACCCGAGAAAAUCGGGUCCGCUACACAGCUCUGGCUCCAGGCCAGAGCGUGCUGCCCUUCAGAGCGCAGGAUACGGCCACAGCGGCAGAAAAUGAUGGGGAUGCCCCAGAAGGCGAAGCAGAUCCUGAUGCUGAGCCUGAGCCUGAGUCAGACGCAGACGGUGGAUUUGCCGAGGAUUUCAACUUGGAAGAUGGCGAUCAGGAUGCAGAGAUGAGAUCGGAGAACGAAAUGCCAUUGCGAGAAGAAGAAGUUGAGCCCGAACCCGAGCCCGAGCCAGAGCCAGAGUUCGAGACCGAACUAGAUCCAGAAGAUCCAGAGGAACCAGAAAAUACGGAGGAUCCUGUAAAUGCCAACUGA